AUGACGGCAACGGAAGCGCAGGAGGCAGCCAAGCCCGGCAAGCUUCAUGGAAGGGCAUUUUACGAGAGCAUUGGAAGCCCCAAAUACAUUGUGGCUCCCAUGGUGGACCAGUCUGAGUUUGCAUGGCGCAUGCUCACGCGAUCCUACAUGCCCGAGUCGGAGCAAUCCAAGCUCCUUGCGUAUACCCCGAUGCUACACGCCCGCCUUUUCUCCCAGGAGGAAAAGUACCGCCGGGGCCAUUUCCAGGCUGUCCGACCUGACGCGUCGGAGCCAUGGCUCGACGGAAACCCUUCCAUGGACCGACCGCUCUUUGUACAAUUCUGCGCCAACGACCCCGACGCGCUCCUCGCCGCCGCCCGCCACGUUGCGCCCUACUGCGACGCUGUCGACCUCAACCUGGGCUGUCCCCAAGGCAUCGCGAGAAAGGGUCACUACGGCGCUUUUCUCCAAGAGGACCAAGACCUCAUCUUUCGCCUCAUCAACAAACUUCACAAGGAACUCUCCAUCCCCGUCACAGCCAAGAUAAGAAUAUUGGAGACGAGGGAAAAGACGUUGGCGUAUGCGCAGAACGUCCUCAAGGCCGGCGCUUCCAUCUUGACGGUGCACGGCCGAAGGCGGGAGCAGAAAGGACACCUGACGGGCCUGGCGGACUGGGAGACGCUCAAGUGGCUUCGGGACAGCCUGCCCCCCGAGACGGUCAUGUUUGCCAACGGCAACAUCCUGCAGGAGGGCGACGUCGAGAAGUGCCUCGAGGCAACGGGCGUUGAUGGAAUCAUGAGCGCAGAGGGAAACCUGAGCGACCCAGCCAUCUUCGCCAAGCCACCGCCCGUGGGCGAGGAGGGACGCGAGUACUGGCGAGGCAAGGACGGCAGGGGCGGCUGGCGGGUCGACGGCAUGACGAGGCGAUAUCUCGACAUAAUUCACAAGUACGCGCUCGGCGAGGAGCCGCCGAAGCGACGGCCCCUCUUCAUGCCCGGGGACGACACGGCCUGGCUCACGGCGGAUGCCGAGCGCGAGGGCGGCGACGGCGACGAGCCGGCCCGCAAGCGGCGCAAGAAGGACGGCCCGCCGCGCAAGGAGGAGGCAAACCCCAACCUCUCGGCCAUGCAGCCGCAUCUAUUCCACCUGCUACGGCACUUUGUCACGCGGCACACCGACGUGCGCGACAUGCUCGCGCGCAGCCGCAAGGACGGCAUCGACGGCUACGAGCGGGUACUCGACGCCGUGGAGCGCAGGGUCGCCGAGGGCUUGCUCGAGUACGAGCGCACCGGCGGGGAGAGCUUCGAGGCGGAGCUGCGCGCGCUGGACGACCCGCCGCCUACCGCCGCGGUGGUCGGUUCCAACGGGGGAGGGGCAGGCGAGGUCCAGGGGUCCGGUGCGGCGGCGGCGGCAGUACCGGAGGCGGAGAGCUCCCGGGGCACGAUCCGGCGGUGCAAGCGGCCGUGGUGGGUCGCGCAGCCCAUCGUGCGGCCGCUGCCGAGCGAGGCGCUGGCCAAGGGGGCGAUUACGCUGAGCAAGAAGAACAAGGCCGCUGGGGUCAAAGAGCCUGGUCCGCAGAACGGCAACGGCAAGGCGGCGUCACAGAAGGCAGAGGCAGAGGCUGCGGCACACGGGAACGGGGACGCCGCCCAGCAGGCAGAGGCGGAGGGGAAGAAGGAGGAGAUUGCAUUGCGAGACGAGCUCGUUGCGGGAUGA